UUCACACGAACCAAACUGCAAUGACGCACAAUGGACGUAAACGUGGAAAACAAAUCGAAGGCUGACAGGAGGAGUAAAAUUGACAAGAAACUUCUCCGUAAACAAAUAAAAUCAAGUCACACAUUGUUGAAACACGAAGGAAUCAGUACUACGUCGCAGCCUUCUAAGAGUUUAGUAGUGGCCAAUGGCGGCUUGGGGAAUGGUGUCAGCAGAGAGGAGCUGUCUGCUGUGCUCACAGAGAUGGGAGAAGUUGAGACCUUACUUAUGCCCCCUCACAAGCCCUAUGCUUUUGUCACAUACAGAUCUGAGGAGGAUUCUUGGAAAGCUCACAUCAGCUUGAAUGGCCAAAAACUACAAUGUGGAGAGAAUAGUGUGACGAUGUAUCUCAGCUAUGUUGACUCAGUACCAUGCGAGCAACAGGCAUGUGUUACCUUGCCAGCGGGGUUAGUGUUAGUGGAAGACUUUGUUUCUGCAGAGGAAGAAGCUCUGCUGCUUGCUGCCAUCGACUGGUCGUCCACUCAUGAUGAUGUCACCGCUCAAAAAGCUCUGAAGCACAGAAGAGUCAAACAUUAUGGCUAUGAAUUUCGCUAUGACAACAACAACGUGGACAAAGACAAGCCAUUAGCCGCAGAUCUUCCUGUGGAAUGUCUACCUGUACUGGAAAGGUGUCUGCAGAAGGGACAUAUCAAAUGGAUGCCCGACCAGCUGACUGUAAACCAGUAUGAGUCCGGACAGGGUAUUCCUCCUCAUGUGGACACCCACUCAGCCUUCGAGGACACCAUCCUGUCACUCAGCCUGGGGGCAAAGACAAUAAUGGAGUUUCGUCACCCGGAUGGUCGCGUCGUGAACGUGUUUUUGCCAGGACGGAGCCUCUUGGUGAUGCAAGGAGAGAGCCGAUACCUCUGGACGCACGGAAUCACUCCUCGGAAGUUCGACACGGUGCCGGCUUUUGACCCGCUAUGUGCCGCUCCUACAACAUGUGACCUUGGUGCGCUUGACCAGCUCACCUUGAGCAAGAGGGGCACCCGCACGUCUUUCACUUUUCGUAAAAUCCGACGUGAACCCUGCUGCUGUGCUUUCCCCUCUGCCUGCGACAGUCAAGGAGAUCCCUCUCCACCUCCUCCCCCUUCACUUCCUCGAUGCCACGGUGAUGCGGCCUGCCUGGAGGAGGAGUAUGUGCACCGUGUGUACAACGCCAUCGCCUCCCACUUUAGCAGCACCCGACACUCGCCCUGGCCUCGCGUUUGCCACUUCCUGUCCUCGCUGUCGCCUGGAAGCAUGGUGGCUGAUGUUGGCUGUGGAAACGGGAAGUAUCUGGCUGUCAACCCAGAGGUCAUUAGUGUGGGCUGUGACCGUAGCAGCACUCUUGUCCAAAUUUGCGCCGACCGAGGUUUCCAGGCAUUGGUGUCUGACGCCCUGUGUGUCCCGCUACGAACGGCCACCUGUGAUGCCUGCAUCUCCAUUGCUGUCAUACACCACUUUUCCACACCGGAGCGUCGGUUGGCGGCUGUGAAGGAAUUGGUGAGACUUUUGAAGCCUGGUGGUCAUGCUCUAAUUUACGUCUGGGCUUUUGAACAAGAGUACAACCGGCAGAAGUCCAAGUACCUCAAAGGCCACAACUCCAGCGCCGGCGACAACAUAUCUGAGGAAAGACACCAGCCGCACGGGUCACCCAGCACCCAUGUUGAAAACAACGUCAAAGACCGCCGCAACAAAAGACCUGCAGACGACAAACUUAGUGUUCACACCAAUCGCACAGCCUUCAACUCUCAGGACCUUCUGGUUCCGUGGCAUCUGAAAGAGGUGAAAGGAAAAUGCAAAAAGGUUUCCAAAGACCCUUGUCUGAACAGUACCGACUCCAAGAAGUCUUCGCACAGUGUCCUUGAUAGUAAUCAUGAGUCAGAGCAUCAGAGCGGCCCUGCGCCUGUCUUCCACCGUUAUUACCAUGUGUUCCAGCAGGGAGAGCUAGAGAGGCUGUGUGGGCUGGUGGAGGGAGCGAGGGUGCUGAGUAGUUACCAUGACCAGGGCAACUGGUGCGUCAUUUUAGAGAAGCACUCUGGGGAACACAAUUCAUGACCAUCGAAGCAGUCAAAGAUGAUUUAUUUAGCCAUGGGGAGUAUGCUAUGAGGCUACUUCCAUAGGAUGACUACUGAAGAUAGGAAGAUGAAUGGAUCAUACGAUUUUUUUUACUUGGGGGGGCAGACUAAACAAUUUAGUUGAGUCAAAAAGAUAUUCAGUUAACAUUGUGCCGUAAAUAUAAAAUUCAUUGUGAGAUAAUGAGACGCUAUUAUUUUAUCAUACCACUUGCACCUUUAUAUUUGAACCACUUUUAAUUUUAUCAUUAGAUUACUACUCCAAAUUGUAAGUGUGCUCUGUGUAGCCACUGUAUUUCUGCUAUAGUACACCACAAAACACAGCGGCUACACAGUAUACUGCACAGUAUAACAAUAAGCCUCUUGAAUCAUGAUUGUGCUGGUUACACGAUGCAAUUAGUCACUGACUCAGUAAAUUACCCCUGUGACUUUUAAGGCUACCCUGGCACCCACAUUACAGUGCAGCCGUGGACACGGUGGGUUGACUUUGACUGACUGUUAUUGAUUGAAGAGAGAUGGAUUACCCUUUGUGCGUGUGGAUUCACGGUAUGUGAGCAUGCACAUUGUCUUUAUUGACAUUUGGAGAUAGAUUAGAAUUUUAAAUGGGUCUUCCCCAGGUACUUCUUAUUGAUGCAGUCGAAUACACAGCAUUUAAAAAUUAAUCUCACAAGAGUUGAAUGAUACUUAUGUAUACGACACGUAAUCUGAAAUGUCCCCUUGUGGGAAUACUAAAGGGAUAUCUUACCUUAUCCAGAUAAUGAUUGGAUUUUAUAUUGCAUAUUUAUAUGGCAUUGUAUUGAAGGACAUAUAAACAACCUUAGUGUUAAACCUUAUCCAUUUAAAAAAUAAACUGGAGCAACAACUUUUUUCAUCUUCAUGUCAUGUAUGUUGUUUUUUUAUAUAUAUAUUUUACUGCAGAAUAACAGAAUGCAAUAUCUCGUGUUGACCAG